CACUCACCAAAACAUACUGAUUUCUCGAGAAAAAUAAGAAACCAGCGCAUCGCUCGCAGAGCUCAGCGAGACGUGGACUGUGUUGGUUAUAGUAUACCAGUUUCUGCUACCGCUGAGGGCCCGCUCGCUGCGGCUCGCAGCAUUGAGGUCGUGCGAGUGACCCGCAGCGCGCGGCGCAGUGUCAUCUUGUCCUCGUUUCGCGGUGAGCUGCGGCUGAUGCUGCGCACGCAUGCCAACUAACUGAAUUGUGGUUUACAUCAAUGUCCCCAGAGUUGUAAAACAAGGAGGUGCGUCUACUCAGCGGGUACGCCGCGGCGAACAUGUCCCCGUGAGUGGCCCAUGGACACGGUGUACCCGCCCUCGGCGUCGGCGCUGGCGCGCGGCCGCCGCCUGCGCCGCGCCGAGCCGCGCCUGCGCCAGCGCACCACGCCCGUCACCUUCGCCGAGAUCAAGGAGGUGGACGAGGAGAGUGCAGAGGCGGAGGUGUGCGGGGAGCGGCGGAGGCCCGACGUGCUGGAGGAGCGCCUCGGCCGGCAGUUCGCCGAGUUCCGGCGCCGGCGCGCGCGCCGCGACCUGCUCCGCGAGCACGAGUCGCCACCGCCGCCCGCCCCGCACGGGCCGCCGCACGGUCCGCCGCACGGUCCGCCGCACAGUCCGCCGCUCGGGCCGCCGCAUGGACUGCCGCGUGCCGGCAGCGAGCCCGCCGCGUUGCACCGCCAGGCGCAGCCCUGACUCUUAUUCACAUCUCUUAUAAAUACAAUGCUGAAGUAGAUAUGUUGACGGCGGUACUUGCUAUUAUGCCACAUUGCCUGUAACCUGCACCGUACUCGUCAUCUCGUCGAAAGGAAUUUGGUAUAACAGAUUGUAUUUAUUUGAGAAGGAUGGACGCAAUGAUUUCCUAUAAUAAUAGGGAGGCACUUCGUUGUCAAAUAACAAGUAAAAGUGAUAAAAGUGAUGAAACAGGAUAGCAAGAUACGCGCAGUCAUUAUACUAAAAUAAAACUCGCCGAGACUGUAUUCAAGUGUUGUAUUAUCAAUGUACAAUAAAAUAAAUAGCUGUGGGCCCCGCCUCGCGGGCAUCAAUAAAUACAAGUACUAUGUGGCUACACUAGCUCUGUAUCUGUACAGCUGUACACCACGCUCGUACCUAUCCUAAUGUUAUGUAUAAUAUUAUUUAUAAAAAGUAUCAACAAUUUUCCCUACUAAAUUGUCCUCGUUAUAUAUAUAUCAGGCUUAUUCCAUAUUACAUAAUAUAUUAACUUAAUUGUAAACAGUCAUAAACAGUUUCCGUAUUGUUCUAAAUUGAUUUCGUUUACGUAGGCAAGUGAACAAUACGCUCUGCGCUAUAUAGAGUCGCACCAAGUGGCGCACUGUAACAAUAUAACAACGGCUUACUGCAGUAGUUGGCACCUCGUCGCGGACUUAGCUACGGUAACUAACGAGUAACAACAUACAAAACCUAAUAUUAUUCAAUAAUUUAUUAUCGUAGGGGCACUGCUUAGUCUAACUCGGGCGGCAACGUCUCUAUGUACAACUUGUCACUAGUCUAGGGGCCGUACACGGUACGGCGGUAUACAUUCAACUGUAAAUAUAAUUGUAGCAAUAUAAUCGACUCGUAAAUAUUCUUAUAUCAAUAUUUUUCUAAAUAAAUAAUUAAUUUGUCAUAAUACUUUAUUUGUCAGCCUCGACACCUAUACGACGUACUCUUACUUACGCGGAGGUCGCUCCCGGCGACGUCCUAAUACUGUACAAAAUAUUAAUCAUAAAUGUGAUCCGUUCAGUAAAGCUAGAGCUUGAGUGGGGAGAGGGCCAGAGUGGACGGUGCGGAGUCAGUCUUGUGAGGAGCGCGUCUCCUCGUCCGGCUGCAGCUCGGCCUCCGCCGCCGACGGGAUCGUAUGCAGCAGGCGCGGCGCCAGCGCGGGCGGCGAGCUCGGCGGCUCGUCGCCCGACACGGCCG